AUGCCUGAGCCCAGUAUCCGAUUCGAUCAUGGAGCGACCUACGUACGAUCACACAUCAUCUCACCAAUGGCCCUCGCUUGUCUGCGUACUUGCAUAGCGCUGUACAUGUGGACAACGAUCAUCACUGGCUUCGCCUGGCUGUCUAGCAACUCGGGCCCACAAUCAAUCACGAAUAUUGGCCUACCUACAUUUAAAAUGCUCCUGGACAGAGCGUUCAUCGGGAGGAGCUUCAGCUACCUCACAUUCAUCACAUACUGGAGUGUGGCCUUCUAUUUCUCUGUAUCCGCGUGGCAUACAUUCACGUACGCAUUCAACCUCCGUCGAGGCCGACCAGAGAGCAUCUCCCACCUACACGACUAUUUCCCACGCUCUCUGCAACUUGCACAUGCGAUCUGGCACACAACAAUCACAACUCUCCCCUUCUUGGUCACCUUGGUCUUCUGGUCAACGAUGUACGCAAAACCAGAGAGCCCAUCGUCGGCUUUCGUUGUAUGGAUAAACGUAUCCGUGCACGGCCUGAACAGCUUCUUUGCCAUCGGCGAAAUCGUUUUCAGCGCUACCAAGCCGCCGCCGUUCUUCUCCCAUCUGCUCAUUGUCAAGAUCAUUUUGGCGCUGUACUUGGGUCUUGCGUACGUCACCAGGUUCACCCAAGGCUUCUACCCAUAUCCAUGGAUGAUCACACUGUUCGGAUGGCAAGGGAUCGUGGCACACGUGUUUGCGUAUGGAGGUGGUAUGACGGUGAUCUAUGCAUUGGUCUGGGGCGCAAAGUGGCUGCGGGAAAGGAUUGUAGCAGGAGGCCCGGCGAGAAGAGAAGCAAAUGCUCAAGACUGGCAGAUGGAGGAGCGGAUUCACGCCUUGGACAAUAUGAACGCCAAGGCCGUAGAGCAGGAAGCCGUGGGCUAG